AUUUUUUAUUUUUAUUUCUUGUUCCAAUGUCUGCGGCAGUUGAAUCGACGACGCCCGACUCUGAACCCGCGAUGACGGACGCUGCUGCCCCAGAAGUCGAGCAAAUGGCUGCUGCUGCUGCUGAGCUCGAGCAAGUGGCUGCUGCUGAACUCGAGGCUGGCGGGACGGACGGGGAUCAGCAGGCACUGGAGCAAGAGCAGCAGAGUCGGCUGGUCGAGCUGCUGCGGCGCCAUCCCCUGCCACUCGUGCGGCUGCUGGAUCAGCUGGACGGCGUCACAAGGCAGCUGCAGCAGCUGUGCGCAGCGGCGUUGGCGGAAGUGGAGUCCAUUUCAAACCUCAGACAGCUGCUUCAGCGACCGGACGGGUUGUCGGCGCUCGCGUCGCAGCAGCAACAGCAGCAGCAGCAGCAGCAGCAGCAGCAAGACCCACGCCGGUCAGAGCAGGCGCACGAGCACCACCAGACUGCCGCGGCGGCGGACAUUCCAAACCAGAUUGCGGCGGCGGUCGCGGCAGCCAUCGAGACGAGCGCACUGAUGGCCAAUCUCGGCUUGCCGCUCGUGGGCGACCAAGUUCUUCAGAACGAUCGCGAGUUCAUCCAGCAGCAGCAGGCGCAUCGUUCCAUGGACAGUCUCACCUCUUCGUUGGUCGAGGUGCGGCGCUCCAAUGUGCCCGACCAGGACCAGCAAUCGUUCGAUAUUCAGUCAUCCGCCUCGUCGGUCUGCGCAUUGGCGACGCAGGUGGUGCUCGGAGCUACGGGGAAUGCCACAUCGUCCGAAACGGGCUUGGCGACGUACGCAAGCACGGUGCUGCAGUUGCAGCUCGCAUCCAGCUCGCUCUUUGUAGCCAUGGAGCGAGCCGUGUGCUUGUUCUUGAACGUCGAUGAGGUGCCUCGCGCCGUCGACGCGCAUGGGCAAAUCAUUAUUCCGCCCAAACGCCAGCGCGCGCCGGCAAACCCAACGUCCGCUCCGAGGGAGGCCAGCACUCAUGGUCCGCUCGGCUUCCAGCACAAUGCCUUCGGGAGGGAGCAGCAAGACCGCUGGACGUCGGGCUUGAGUCUCGCGCUCGAGCAAAAGCGCAAAACCAUCUAUGUCGCCCUGUCGGAAACCAAAACCUUCUUCAAUGCCAAUCGCAUCAAGAGCAUGAUUCGAACAAGCGUCGUGCCGAAAGCACUUUCCAAGCUUGUCAGCUCGGAUGCGCAGUCAGAGGGGGCGGCGGCGGCUCCCACAUCCACCGUCAGCCCUUCCGCAGUUUCCAUCUCGGCUCCGCGACCCGUUUCCUCCGGCCCUUCUGCCGAACCGCCCGCCCAGCCAGUUUCGACACCAAACCCUCCGCCUCGUAAGCGUGCCGUAGCUCUUGCAACCAAGCCGCAAGAUCGGACGGCCAAGGCAGCAGCCAUCACCAACAAUGCCGCGAAUGGUUCCGUCCAAGAGGCACUCGCAGAACCCGCCUCUGUUUCUGCCCCGUCUGUCACCGCGACAACAGGAGGGGAGGACACGCCCAUGCUGCCGUCCGUGUCCGGCUUUGUUGACUUUGUGAGCUCUCUGAUGCCAGCGUCGACAUUGUCGCCUUCCUCCGCCAAACCCACCGGUGUCGUAUCAACGCCCCACGAUACAAACAAGCCAGCUCAGACACCCCCAUCUGCACAAACAGCACUCAAACCUCCACCGUCAAAGCAGCCGCCUCCCACACCGCCCGUCCCUGUGCCUCGUGUGUUUGCAAGCAAGCAAAUGGCUGCGGUUCCAACCAACGUGCUCAGCAGGCGCAUGCGUAAUCCCUUUGCUUUGCUGCCGCACAGCGACUAUCUCAAGUUUACGCUCACCGAUGUUAUUCCCAAUGCUUUGGGAGUCGUGUCUGAGCAAGCUUCCCGACGCGGCUUUCGGAAGGGCGCCGAGCCUCAGUCCAAGGACCACAUUUAUUGUCUGCUUGUGAGCAGCAACAUGGCCAUGCAUACUCCCCCUGACGGGACGGUGGAGUGGACUCCGACCUACAUGACGAAUGCAGCAGGGACGCGCUACAUUUCGCAACGUCCGGCUGUCCAGUUUGUCGUUCAUCGGCGAUUUGAGCAUUUUUGCGAACUGUGUGAUGCACUGUCCGCUGUAGUCCCAGGGUACCUUCCAACCUCAGCCGAGCUGCGCGCUCCGUUUCAUUCCCAACUGCACGCGAUCGCUGUGAACAAUGCAUCUGCAACCCCGAGCACUCUGACUUCUCUCCCCAUUUCUGGAUCCACAACAAGCUUUAGCGCUCCAAUCGCCAGCACCAAUGCCGGUGGAGUGGCUAGUCUAGUCAAUCCCUUGCUACUUGCAACUUCUCAGCCCACCCCUCUUGCUGCCGGUGCUGGUGCUGGUGCUGGUGGUGGUGCGGACGCUCUGCGCGGCUCGUUUUCGUCCUUUACAUCGUUUGUCGGGGCCCUCACUGGCCACACUGCCGCUACUACCCAGCCAGGGGCGGCGGGCCAUCAAAGUCUUGGUCUGUACGGUGGUGCGCCUGAGGACGUUCGUGCGUUAUGGAUUCAACGCAUGCUGCGUUUGAUUGCCAAACACCCGCUGCUCAAGCGCAGUCGCCCCCUUGCCGAAUUCCUGGCCCAUGGCCGGCUUUCUACCCUGUCUGCGACUUCCGCCUCUCGUGAUGGGCGAGCCAACCUCCGGCUGUGCGAUGUGGAUUUGAACGACGAUGCAAUCAAUAUUUUCACACCAGACUCGUAUCCGGACGACUGGGCGUUGGAUUCUCCGGCCUUGUCCAGCUUGUCACCGGCGGCACUGAUGCUGCUCGUCAACCCCAGUGCUACUGCUGCCGCGCCCCAAAGUCCUGCUGUCUCGGCAACGGUUGCAAGCCCCGUUUCUCCAACCCAGUCUGUGCCUGCCAACGUGGGCUGGUUGUCGCAGACGCUGCCGGUUUUGUCCGCAACGUCCUUACGCACGACAAAUGCAGCGGCUAGGCCCCUGUCGCCUCCUCCGGUUGCUGCUUCUCCUACUCUACCAGCGCCAUCUGCCACGGCACCAGCAGUUUCUGUUGCUCCUUCUUCAACCACCCAUGCCGCUACGCCUGCUUCGCUUCCCGCAGGCGGCAGCCCAGCGCUCUCUCGCAUCGCUGCCCUACGCCCAGCUCUAUUUGGCGGACGCUCUGGGUCCGUGGACGAAGGGUCUGCUGGCGAUUCUGCGCCGCUCAUCACUUACUUCACGCCGCAGUUGUACUCUGCCGAGGAUGUCGAGCACCUGCCGAUUGCUUGCAACGAGCUCUUUACUGCCAUCGACUCGUCUCAAACUCCGCAAAACGUGACCGCCCCCAUUCCGGACGAACCAACUGCAACUGCGUCGAAUGCAGCUGCUGACGACAAACCAACUGCAGCACACACAGACGCAGUUGCUCAUGACAAAGCGACGGCUGCAGUGACGCCAGAACCCGCAUCCGCCAGCGUUCCGGUUUCCGAUAUUUCCACCACGGAAACGGCUGCAACACAUGCUGGCGCCUCGACGACAACUUUCGCGCACGCUUCGUUCCAACCAACGAAUGCAAGCGGCUCCCCGGCUCCGAACAGCAGUCUUGCCACCCCUUCGGCGACCGCAGUCGCGAGCAGUGCAGUCACCGUCCCGGCACCGUUCUCCAACGUGAGCAUUUCCGCGACCGACGAAAAGCGCAUUGUCACGUUCAACCGGCUGGACUUGGUGCCCGGCGGCUCGACGAACAGCAUCAUCAAUGUUCCCGUCCUGUCGCUCGUGUCAAACGACGACCGUUAUCGCGUCAUGGCUGGCUCGGUCGAUCAGCUGCUCCAACUCUUGGGAAGCGUGGCGGAGGUCUCGGACGAGUAUCUUGCUUGUCUCGCGCUCACCUUCCGUGGGUUUGUCAAGCCCAUGGAUGUGUUGAUGAAGCUGUUCCAGCUGUACAACAUUCAGGUUCUUGCAGACAGCAGCGGGCCGCUCUCCUCGCCUGACGACACAGUCGUCGAUACUUUUGCGAUUCGAGCGCGCCUUCUUCGAUUCGUGCAGUGCUGGAUUGAUUACUACGUGGUCGAUUUCGAGGCGGACGAUGUGGACUCUGUCAUGGACGACUUUUUGCUUUUCGCCGGCCGGUCCUCUCGCGACCAUCUUGCCAUCGUUGCGGAAACGCGCCAGCUGCUGGAUGCUCGGCGAGCUGAAUUUGCCGCGCCAUUUAUCGCGCGCGCGGCCAGUCAGCGUCCAGCCGCCGUUACUGCUGCUGCUGCUGCUGCUACUACUACUACGACUGCUACUGCUACUGCUGCUGUUACUGCGACUGCUACUGCUACUGCUACCGCUCCUGCUCCUUCUGUUGCAGAACCUUUGCCCCUCUCCAACCAAACUACCUCCGACGCGGCGACACUCGCUACUCCAGAAUCUGCAGUCACGGAUACUCUGGGCCUGUGCGUUGUUCAGAUUCAUCGUUUGUCAACCAUGCUCGAGUGUGUUCGACAGGGACGGGAGGAACUUCCUUCUGACGUGGGCGGUUCGGGCUUGGUUCUCUCUGGGGACGAAGAUGAGGAUGGACCUGGUGGCGACGAAGAGCCCGCCCUCGUUGCGCCUGUGGACAACAGUGUCAUCACAGCACCCUCGGUCGCGCCAUCCGUCAUUCCAGCUGCACCAGCUUCGGUCGUGGUUCCUCCACCGCCACGUCGCAAGCGCGAAGCCCCCAAUCUCAUUGACACUCCCGCGCUCGCAUUGGCAGAGCAGCUCACCCGCAUUGAAAGCGACCUGUUUGCUGCCAUUCAUCCGGAAGAGUACAUUCUCCAGCUCUUUGGAAGCAAAGGCUACAGCGAAGAGACGUUUGCAGCGAUUACGAGCGGGCUCACUGCUUUUGUUGAUCGGUUCAAUCAAGUCAGCUAUUGGGUGGCUACAACCAUCUGCCUGCAGCCGCAGCUCCAUCUCCGCGUCUCCAUUGUCGAAAAGUUUGUUGAAGUAGCCAAGUAUUGCCGGAUGCUGCGAAAUUUCAACACUCUCAUGGCCAUCAUCUCUGGCCUCAAUGUGGCAGCCGUCCAGCGGUUGCACAAGACGUGGGAAGGACUUGCCCCGCGCUCAACCACAAUUCUCCACGAGCUGGAGAAUACCAUGAACCCUGCCAUGAACUAUGCCACGUACCGCGAACUAAUUGCGCAUGCGCGUAACUCUCCUUGCAUUCCAUUCUUUGGUUUGCAUCUCAAGGACUUGACGUUCAUCAACGAUGGCAACUCUACCAAGCUCGACGGCGGGUUUAUCAAUUUCGACAAAAUGUGGCAGCUGUACGACGCCAUCCAAGAUCUGCAGCCCGGUGUUCGGCUCGCGUAUCGUAUUCCGCUGAAGCGAGGCAUCAACAACUUUUGCCGGAACAUUACCGCCAUUGGAGAGAAUGCGCUCUACAAGUAUUCGCUUCUCUGCGAGCCCCGCGCCAACACGGACAAGGUUCGCCUGAUUGAAAAGUGGUCGAGCUCGUAGAGCGUGGUACUCCCGUUCAGCCUUUAUUUCUGGGUUUCUUCUUUGGUGCGUGCCUCCGGUUGACACUUCUGGAUUGGCGCCACCACUCGCAUAUCAGGGGCUCUGUUAUAUUUAGUGUAUUUGAGUGACUUUGUUGUUGUUCUUGUUGUUUGGUUGUUGUUGUUGUUCGAUUUUGUAUUGUUAUUUUUGUUCAAUUUGACACACUCAUCCUCA